UUAUUACCUUUACCUAAUCUCUGUAUUUUCUAUUUCUCAUUUUCCAGGUGGGUCUACGAUAAUCGAAAAGGCAACUACGUAGUUAUUACGAUAAACAUUGAUUUAAUAUAUACCUCAAAGCCAAUCGGACGGGCGACGAUUGCUAAUAUCGAACUUUGAUGAGAGGGAUUAUCGAUGCGCUCGCGAGCACGCGAAACUCUAACCCUUCCGCAUGAGGAGGAGGCUACGAAGGGAAUUGGCGGUGGUGGAAGAGAAUCGUUUCGUGAUCGAUCGUCGAUCGCGAUAAUAGAAUCGUCUACGAUCUUAUUUAAACGAUCGUGGACGUAGCCGAGCGUUUUAAUGCAACAAUAAAUUAGAACGAUAAUAGAAGGAAAUAAUAUCUGGAUAGAGUCGAAGAGGAAGAAGAAAAAAAAAUAAAUAAAUAAGUAUCGUUAGAGAUUCUCAAAAAAUUUUAGAAAGAAGAAGAAGAAGAAGAAGAAAGAAAGCAUCGACACUUGGAUCGAUACGAAACUCGGUAGUCUCGUUGAGUGUGCGUAUCGAUCGUCUCAUUGAAAGCAAGAAGAGAGAGAGAGAGAGAGAGAGAUUGAGUGAGUGAAAGAAAAGAAAAGGAGAAGAAAAUAGAAGGAUAGCGCUCUCUCUCUUUUCAAAGAUCUCAGGAAGAGAGCGAGGUUACUUUUGAAGAGGGAAGGAGCUGAAAGAGACGCAUUAUUUUUCUCGUACGUAGAACUAAGAAAGAUAGAGAAUGUAAAGGGGAAAUAUAAGAUAGACAGAGGAAAAGAAAGGAACAGAAAGAGAGAGAGAGAGAAAGAGAGAGAUAGAUAGACUCAUCAAAACAUCACUGCCUUCUCUCGUACGGCGAGAGACGAAAAGAAGGAGAGAAGUAAGAGGGAAAGGACAAAAGGUGGACUCGCUUAAUUGUAAAAAGAUAAAAAGGAAAAGGAAGAAGAAAAAGGAAAAGGAAGGUAGGAAGGAAGAGAGCAGCGUAGAGGUCACGUAAGUAAGUAAGAUAGAAAGGAGAGGACUCGUCACGGUGGCCAGCUUAGUGAGCGGUAACGUAGCGGUGCGUUACGAUGAGGCGUCGGGGGUGGUCGGUGCGGGGGGUGUCGUCCUGGCAGCGACGUCCAGGCUAGCCACGGCCGAUCCACCGACAUCCACCAUGGAUACCAGCGACUCGAGCAUGGAGACGAGCAAUGGCACUGGUACCGGAACCGGAACUGGUACCGGAACUGGUACCGGUCCCAGCACGGCCAUCGGUGCUGCUGUCCCAGGGACCGUUCCUGGGGACAGUACGAUCGUUGCUAGCGCGGCGUCCUUGACUCUUGUCAAGGCCGAAGUGCCCGAACACCUGGCCGGUACAUCGACGACGCCAUCGGCGGUAACUGGACCGGUUGGUACCGGUAGCGGUCUAUUUGCUGGAAUCCCAAGCAGCAACAAGACAUCCAGGCCAGACGAUUGGCUCGCCACCGGGAGUCCUGGAUCACCUCAGGCCACCUUACAAAGUCAUCACGUCGUAUAUACGACGCCCCAACAACAGUUGCCCGAUCCCCAACCACCAUUAGCUCAUUCGAGCCCUCUUGCCCAUCAACAGCAACAACCGCCCGCGAGCAACAACGGUUACGCGAGCCCGAUGAGCACUAGCAGCUACGAUCCUUAUAGUCCCAACAGUAAGAUAGAACGUGCGGAAUUAAAAAAAAAAUAGAAGGAUAGAAGGAAUGGAGGGAAGGAAAAAAGAAAGAAGCAGAAAUUUGUGACGAUAUUAAACGUAUAGUGGUCGUUUCUAUAUCCUGACCUUACGUAACAAAACUCUCUACAAUGAUUUCAUUUCGGACUGGAUUGCGAACGGGGAAGGAAGAGGGUGAUAGUGGUGACGGAUAGCAGGCGGCAUGAAAAUCAAGAACACUCUAGAACUUCGAUCACGAACCACAAAUCGAUUGUUCUUAUUAAUUAUUAAUUGAAACGCUUGUUAAGUGUAAAGCUACAAUAUAUAUAUAUAUAUAUAUAUACAUAAAUGUAUGUAAAUACAUAACGUGCAUAUUUUCAAUUAAGUAUACAUAGGUGCGCGACGUGUUUAUUCACUUAAACGUGUCACGUUUAUAUUAAUUGUUAAAAAUAUGUGAAAGGAUUUAGAAAGAAAAAAAAAACACAAUGCGAUACGAAUUUAAAAUCGAAAUAAUUAUUUAUUUAUUUUUAUUUAUUUGUUUGUUUAUUUGUUUGUUUGUUUGUUCGCUCAUUUUACAUUAAUUCGCAAGAACUUCGAUAUACGAUUAAGUUAUUUACGUUUAAUAUGUAAAUAAGUAAUAGAUAGUUACACGUACAACGUACGUAUACAGGUAUGUUACAUUUUUGUUCCAAAGUUUCUUGGCAUAUAUAAUAUUUCUCCGAUGGUAGUCAGGUUAUAAAAUGACGACACGUGGUAAACAUAAAAUUCUAACCGCAUUUCUAAUAAAUAAACUUACGGGAAACUUUUUUUUUUUAGAAUUUCACGAAACGCGAGUACUUAUUUAGUUACUUAUUUAUUUACUUUACCUCUAAGUAAAAAUGGAUGAUAUAAAACGUCCCGGGGACCGUAACGCGCGUUUCCGCGUACGUUCGUUCGAUGACAAUAAAGUUGAAUAGGCAUUUGAGAAUUCGAAAGGGAUACCGACAUCGGUCACGGCGUGUGUUCUCUUUCUUUCUCUUUAUCAUUGUGUAUAUGUGUGUGUGUGUGUGUGUGUUUUAUACUCGACACGUGGAUACUUAAGUGAAACGAGUAAAAAGAAGAUUCUUAACCUCACAAUUAUUUUCUUGGAAAUAUUUCUUCUUUUUUAUUUUCUUCUUUUUUUCUUCUUCCUCAUGAUUCAUCAUCGUCCAGUGAAAAUGAUUCAUCGAUUAAAAUGUUGGGUUUGGAUGGUAUAGAAAGAAAAGAAAAUUGAUCUCAAAUGAUUAUUUCAUAUCUUUUCAAUAUGGCGUCUCUUCGUUUAAAGCGUACAAUCCAAGAUGGCGUACGUAGAAAUGAGAACUCUAUCUAUCGAAGGGGAAAGGAUAUGUAAACAAUAAAAAAAAAAAAAAAAA